UGUCAACUUAUUAUUCAAUUUCAUGACAUGAAUCUAAAAAAUAGAAAGUCUGAAAUUAUAAAAGAAAGUAUAUAUGUGUUAAAGUUUUUUUUUAGUUAUUACACAAUGGAAAUUUAUGUUAUAAAGACGAAAUAUAGUUAAUAGUUGUUGAAUUAUAAUAUAUUAAUAAAAUAAACAAAAUUUCUAAACGAUAUAUCUUAAAGAAUACUUUCUAUAACCUAUUUAAGAAAAUAAGUUAAUAAUAUACAAGUAAUUUGUAAACGGAAGACAAUCUAUUAUUGAAAAACAUAUUCAUUGACUUUUAAUAAGUCUUAUAGUACUUUUAAUAAAUUAGUAUAUUUAAUAUUAAAAUAUUAAUAAAGAAAACGAUUAUUGGAAUUAAACUAUCAUUCAACAAAUAUUUAAAAAGAACUCCGUAAUGUGUUCUGUUCAUGAUGAAGCAUUUUUGCAAAUUUUACAAGAAGAAAAAAAUAUUACAAACUUUUUAGAUGCAUUUUUUGGAUUUUUAUAUAGAUGUACAGAUUUUUAUGUUGAAUCGGGACCAGAUCAAAAAUUUGGUUUUCCAACUGAUACAGUAGAAAAACUUGUUUUAUAUAGUUUUCAUAAAUGGAAAAAUAUUUCUAAAUCUUCUAAUAGAAUAGAUCUUCAGAAUAGUCAAGAUAUUAUUUCUCAAAAUAAUGAUAAAAAUCAAGAUGAAUCAAUGACAAUAGAAGAAGAUUCCCUUAUUCCACAAGUAGAUCACGAGGUAGAAAUUGAAACAUAUAAAGAAAGUCAAAUAACAAAUCAACUUGGUCAUUUACUUGAAAAAGACAAGACAUCUGAUAGUUACAAUGGUGCAGUGAGAGAAAAUUAUACUUGGUCACAAACUAUUAAUGAUAUAGAUGUAUUAGUUAAACUACCUAAUUGUAUAAGAACAGCAAAAGAUUUAAGAAUUCAUAUUAAUUCAAAAGAUAUUAAAAUAGAAGCUAGAACAUCAAGAGUUGAACAGAAUCAGGAAAUAGAGGAAUGUCGCUAUUUUGUAUGGACCACAAUUCUUAAAGGAGAAUUAUGCUUUAAAAUUCGGAAAGAUGAGUCAAUGUGGAGUAUAGUACCUGGACAACAUAUUAAUAUUCAUCUUGAAAAAGCUUCUGAGAGAUGGUGGGAAGCAUUGAUUAUUGGUGAACCAAAAAUUGAUAUAACAAAAAUAGAUUGUUCAAAUUUAGAUGAGAUGGGAUCAGAAGAACAAAUGAAAGUUCAAGAAUUGAUGUGGAAUCAUCAACAAAAACUUCUUGGUAAACCAACUUCUGAACAGAUUAAAAUGGAAAAAGUAUUGAGAAAAGCAUGGGAUGCAAAAGGAUCUCCCUUUGAAGGUACUGAAUAUGAUCCUUCAAUAGUAAAUUUCAAUUGAUAUACUUU